ACACAACUAUCACUAAUGCGUGUUAUCGAGUGGCGUACAGUUCGCAAACCAUUUUUGCAGAACCAUAUAGACUUAUGUUAUAUUGAUUGUUUUAUUUAUACUUAGAAUUAAAAAAUUAAAAUUAGUACAAAAAUAAUUUAAUGUGCCUAACAGUGGUGGAUAAAAUUGAAUGCGUGUUGGACGAUAUGAUCUUCUGUUGCAUGGAAAAUAUGAAAAAUUGUUGGACUUUCUAAAAAAAUAACUGACAAUAAUCAUUUAACUGUGUGGUGAAAAAGUUUAAUCUUUAAACAGCACGAGGAGAACACAUCAAGAUAAAAAAAUCAUGGCGAAUGUGACGCAAGCAAAAUUGAAUCAUUUCAUGUCUGAAACACAAGAUCAAUUAUUAAAAUUAUUUGAAAAAGAGCUAGUUUUUGAUGAAGUGGUCGACUCGUGGCCGCUUAUGAGUACACCAUGGCCAAUACUCUCAAUAUUAUCCAUGUACUUAUUGUUUGUAUUAAAGCUCGGCCCAAAUAUGAUGGAAAACCGGAAACCGCUUAACAUUAAAUAUAUGAUGCUUUUGUAUAAUGCUAUACAAACGCUUUAUAAUGGUUGGCUUACAAGCUGGUUCUUUUUAACGCCUGGAGCAGUCGAUUACCAUGUGAAUCAUUUAUGUCAUCCACUUCCUCGAAAUCUCAAUCAAUUUCUUAUACAUGAGUUAAACAAAGGGUCAUGGUUUUUUUUCUUAUCCAAAGUAAUUGAUUUGUUGGACACAGUAUUUUUCGUCUUAAGGAAAAAACAAUCUCAAGUAUCUUUCUUACAUGUUUAUCAUCAUGUAAAUAUGGUAAUCACUUGCUGGGCUUACCUACGGUUCAUAAAAGGAGAACAACUGAUAUUUGGUGGAAUCAUAAACUCAUUCAUUCAUACGGUUAUGUAUAGCUACUACUUUUUGUCAGCUUUGGGUCCGCAUAUGCAAAAAUACUUAUGGUGGAAAAAAUACUUGACACGUAUGCAAAUCAUUCAAUUCCUAUCGAUCAUGGCAUAUAAUGCUGGCCUGUACUCAUUUAACUGCAGUUUCCCGAGGUUAUUUAUGCUGUACGUGAUUGCCGAUGUUACAUUAUUUUUAUACUUAUUCUUAAUGUUCUAUAAAAGAACGUACGAACAAAAGCUCAAAACAAAAGUACACGUAAAUUGAACGAACAAGAAAAAUGCCUACCUUUUCAUUGUUCACGAAAAUGUGAUUUUCUAUAUUUUUUUUAUGUUAUUAAUAUCAUUACAAUGGUCUUGUUUUUUCCUAGAAUAAGUAUAUUUAACAAGGUUGCUUAACAUUAUAUGUUUUGUAAAAUUCACUUAGAGUCAAAGAAUUAAAUAGAUUGUGACGUGUGAUGUAGUUGAUAUAUGUAUAUAACAAAUUUGUGGAACAACUACUCAUACAUAUGUGAUUGAUAUUUUAAGGACUUUGUGUGCUUAGAUAAACCUAUCAACUUUUAAUUAGGUACCUAGCUGAAGACAACAAUUGUCUGAAUACAAUGUAUUUAUAUAUUUUUUUUUUUUAUCUUUUUAUCAUUUAUGGA